UAGCUCCUCCUACACUCUUCCAGUUGGGAUUCUGUGUCGCUGCAUCCAUUUUUGUGUAUUUAAGAUAUCUUCAAGAAUUAUUAAAGCUGGAGGAAAGCGAGGCGACGGAGCAGAGGGACACAAAAGGGAAACGAGCGUUUAUUAUGAGAUGCAAAAGAACUUUCCCAGGACGAUGACAGCGAUGGGUUAGACAGGAUUGAACAGGAUGAUGGCCAAAUAAAAGGCAAGAGGCUCUUUCACAUCCUCAACUGAGAUCUGGAAUAAACAUCUGAGAUCUGCUCUUUUAUUCAUAAUGCGUCGUCGCUUUACUAAUUUUCUCUUUGAGUUGAGGAAGAGGAGAACAUCAGACGGCAUCGCGUUCAUUUCAGUAGCCUUUAAAAGGACCAGCUGCUCUGAGAAUGAUUGAUCUGAUGCUGUAAAACCCAUGUACUACAGUCUAAGGGCUCACACUGUUAUCAUUUCACCGGUAGUCUAACCUAACGACCUUUUUAAAAGUGUUUUCAAGCGUCAUCAGAGAUGCUGCUGUGGGUUGUGAUGCUUUGAUUCCUGAUCAUCCUGAUCAGAUGAUGAUGAUUGAUCAAAUAGACCUUGCAUUCAUCAUGGAUUAAGUCUGGUUAUUGAUCUUCUUCAGCAUCGGCGUGUAAAGAUGUCGGCUCCAGCCGGGCCCCGCAGCGGGCCUGUCCUGCCGGAGAUGCCGGACCUGAGCCACCUCACCGAGGAGGAGAGGAAGAUCAUCCUCGGUGUCAUGGACAGGCAGAAGAAAGAGGAGGAGAAGGAGCAGUCAAUGUUGAAGAAAUUGCACCAGCAGUUUGAAAUGUACAAAGAUCAAGUGCAGAAGAUGGGUGAGGAGGCUCAGAGCGGCCCGGAGCAGAAGAGCGAUGCUCCUACCUGCGGAAUCUGCCAUAAAACCAAGUUUGCCGACGGCUGUGGCCACCUCUGUUCUUAUUGCCAAACCAAGUUCUGUGCUCGCUGUGGAGGAAGAGUUUCACUGCGCUCUAACAAGGAGGAUAAAGUGGUGAUGUGGGUAUGCAACCUGUGCCGAAAACAACAAGAAAUCCUCACCAAGUCAGGGGCCUGGUUCUUCAGUGGCCCAGGGGGAGCCCUGCCUGCAGGUGCGAGUGACCCUCGCCGCCGCCACGAAGAGGCUCCGCAGGAGAAGAAGGCCAAACUGCAGGAAGCUCCAUUGCUGUACCAGAGCUCAGGAGACCGCAGCCGAGCUCCAGGACUCCCCCGACAGGCAUCCCUCAACAACAACUCUAGUCUGAAGCCCAACGACCCAACAAGCAACAGGAAAAGAAGCCCAUCCGCAACCAGGGAUCCAAACCAAAAAUACAACCAAAGGGAGGAGAAGGCGGAUCGUUCGCAGUAUGCACCAGGAGAGGGCGGCAUGCCACGAUCGCCGUCUGACUAUGGAGCCGGAGAUCGGCAGUGGCGGGGAGGCUGCGGGCGCUCCUAUGAGGACGCGGAGGUAGCGCGAGGGGCGUACCGGGCUCGACGGGGCGGCUGGCACUCUCAGGAGGAAUACCCACCCGAACCUGGCUUCCUACCCGAUGGACCACCCCUCAGCGAGCACGAGCUCCAGCGCCAGCGGCAGGAGGAGUACCAGAACCGCUACCGCAGUGACCCAAACCUGGCUCGAUACCCUGUCAAACCACAGCCCUACGAGGAGCAGAUGCGCAUGCACGCGGAGGUCUCCAGAUUUAGGCAUGAACGGCGGCACAGUGAUGUCUCCCUGGCGUACACUGAGAUGGAAGAGCCCCUGGGGCCUCUGCGGGGUCCACACUACUCACCGGGCUCCGGACAAACGCACUGGAGGUCCAACCACAGUCCCCCUGGCACAGACUCGGCCCACCGGCAGCAGCAGCUCCUGGAUCCCGUCUCGGCUGUACGGAAGAGUAAAAGGGAAAAGAUGGAGAGCAUGUUGAGGAACGACUCGCUCAGUUCCGACCAAUCGGAGUCCGUCAGGCCGCCGCCACCCAAACCUCACAAGACAAAGCGAGGCGGGAAAAUGAGGCAGGUUUCACUGAGCAGCUCUGAGGAGGAACUGGCCACAACGCCCGAGUACACCAGCUGCGAGGAUGUGGAGAUUGAGAGCGAGUCAGUCAGUGAGAAAGGGGACAGUCAAAGGGGAAAAAGACAAACUUUUGAGCAGUCACACACCUUAUCUGAGGGCCAAAAGAAAAUGGUGCGCUUUGGGGGCCACUCUUGGGAAGAAGAUGCUGAGUGGUGUGAGCCCCAGGUUAAAGACUCGGGUGUUGAUACGUGCAGUAGCACAACCCUAAACGAGGAGCAUAGCCAUAGUGAGAAGCACCCAGUUACAUGGCAGCCCUCCAAAGACGGAGAUCGGCUCAUCGGCAGGAUCCUGCUCAACAAGCGCAUGAAGGACGGCAGCGUUCCCCGCGAUUCCGGAGCUCUUCUGGGACUCAAAGUGGUUGGUGGAAAGAUGACAGAGUCUGGGCGACUUUGUGCGUUCAUUACCAAAGUAAGGAAAGGGAGUUUAGCGGAUACAGUUGGGCACCUCAGACCAGGUGACCAGGUCCUGGAGUGGAAUGGCCGACAGUUACAAGGAGCCACAUUUAAAGAAGUUUACAAUAUCAUUUUAGAAUCAAAGCCAGAGCCUCAGGUGGAACUAGUGGUCUCACGACCCAUAGGAGAUAUACCCAGGAUACCAGAAAGCACACACGCACAACUUGAGUCCAGUUCGAGUUCAUUUGAGUCUCAGAAGAUGGAGCGUCCCUCCAUAUCCGUCACGUCUCCCAUGAGCCCCGGAGUGCUGCGGGACGCCCCUCAGUACUUAUCGGGACAGCUUACAAGCCAAAGCCUUAGUAGAAGAAUUGAGCCUUUUAACCCUAGAGUUCAGGUCAAACUUUGGUAUGACAAAGUGGGCCAUCAGCUUAUAGUCACCAUACUGGGUGCAAAGGAUCUGCCUUCAAGGGAAGACGGUCGACCUCGCAAUCCCUAUGUCAAGAUCUACUUCCUCCCUGACAGAAGCGACAAAAGCAAAAGAAGAACAAAAACGGUAAAGAAAUCACUAGAGCCCAAAUGGAACCAGACCUUUAUGUACUCGCCCGUGCACCGGCGGGAGUUCAGGGAGAGAAUGCUGGAGAUCACGCUCUGGGACCAGGCCCGGGUUCGGGAGGAGGAGAGCGAGUUCCUCGGGGAGAUCCUGAUCGAGCUGGAAACGGCGCUGGUGGACGACGAGCCACACUGGUAUAAACUGCAGACGCAUGACGUGUCGUCGGUCCCGCUGCCCAAGAGCUCCCCCUCCUUGCAGAGACGAGCACUGCAUGGGGACAGUCCCACACGCAGACUGCAGACCCAAGGCCCGUUUGUGUACAGCUCAGGGUCUCAGAGGAUCAGCGACAGCGAGUUCUCAGACUAUGACUGUGAGGAUGGCGUUGGCGUCGUAUCAGACUAUAGAAACGGCAGGGACCUCCAGAGCUCCACCCUCUCUGUGCCUGAGCAAGUCUUAUCGUCCAAUCACUGCUCUCGGUCUGCUGAUAUCAACAGAGCGCGCUCGCGAUCUCCCAGCAUGCCUCCUUCUCAGAGUCAUUUUCUCACGUUACCUCGAACCCGACACAGUCAGCCUCAUGACAGUGACCUGCAGGAUCUCAGGAAUUACGGAGGAGCCCCGGACCGGCACGAGUACCACCAUCGAUCUCGUUCUGCAGACCAACGGGCCGCAAUGGAGCGUCCCAUGUACAGUCGCUCUCGCUCCACAGAGCGUCCGCCCGACGGACCGCACAUGAGGUCCUCCAUGCCCUCUCUGCCAUCGGGACACUCUGCACCAUCUUCCCCUGCCUUAUCGAGGGCUCAUCCUCGCGGUGGAUCGGUUCAGACCAGCCCCACAGGGACCCCCAUAAACAGCCGGAGAGGAAGACAGCUGCCACAACUGCCUCCAAAGGGGACGCUGGAGAGAAAAGAUGGAGAAGAAGAAGUUGAGGCUUGCCCAGACUCGGACUCCCCCAGUCGGACAAACUCAGGUGCUCUGGAUGUUGAGGAGCGAACGCGGCAGAUGAAGCUGAAGAUGAACAAAUAUAAACAGGGGACCGGCUCUGAUUCAAGACUGGAGCAGGACUAUCACAAGCGCUCCGGCAGGGAUCCUCAGCGUGGAGAAAACCUGUCGGCCAAGUCUUCGGACAGUGAUGUGAGCGACGUGUCCGCUGUGUCGAGAACCAGCAGUGCAUCUCGAUUCAGCAGCAUGAGCUACAUCUCUGUCCAGUCGGAGCGGCCACGGGGCAGCAGGAAGAUCAGGCAAAUGGGAACGGCGGCUGGAGGCAACAUGACCAAGAGCACCAGCAUCGGCGGAGACAUGUGCAGCCUGGAGAAGACCGACGGCAGCCAGUCGGACACGGCCGUAAGCCUGGUGGGAACGGACGACAAGAAACGGCGCUCCAGCAUCGGAGCUAAGAUGGCGGCAGUGGUGGGAUUGAGCCGAAAGAGUCGCAGCGCUUCACAGCUCGGUCAGACAGAAGCAGGAGGGAAGAAGCUGCGCAGCACCAUCCAGAGGAGCACAGAGACGGGACUGGCUGUGGAGAUGAGGAGCCGAAUGACAAGACAAGCCAGCCGAGAAUCCACUGACGGCAGCAUGAACAGCUACAGCUCUGAGGGAAACCUGAUCUUCCCUGGAGUGAGACUCUCUUCAGACAGUCAGUUCAGUGAUUUCCUGGAUGGACUUGGCCCAGCCCAGCUGGUGGGCAGACAGACAUUAGCCACACCUCCUAUGGGUGACAUUCAGAUCGGGAUGGUGGAAAAGAAAGGAGCCCUAGAGGUGGAGGUGAUCCGAGCCCGAGGCCUUGUGGGAAAACCAGGUUCAAAGGCACUGCCAGCCCCUUACGUAAAGGUGUAUCUACUGGAGAACGGCGCCUGCAUAGCCAAAAAGAAAACAAAAGUAGCAAGAAAAACACUGGAUCCUCUUUACCAGCAGCAGCUGUCAUUCGAAGAGUCUCCAGGAGGAAAAGUUUUACAGAUUAUAGUGUGGGGAGAUUAUGGACGUAUGGACCACAAAUCUUUUAUGGGAGCUGCUCAGAUACUGUUAGAUGAUCUGGACUUGUCCAACAUGGUUAUUGGCUGGUUUAAGCUGUUUCCCCCAUCUUCACUGGUCGACCCAACCUUAGCCCCUUUGACCAGAAGAGCUUCCCAGACAUCUCUGGACAGUGGGUCCGGGCCAUUUGCUCGCUCGUAGCAGUUUUCUGAAAUCUAGCGUUAUUGUAGCAGCCAUUGGGUGGAGUUUGAGAUUGGCGACAGGUCCUGUUCCCCGGUAAACACUGCAUGCUUGAUGUUGUGUGUUCAGAGCUUGUUUCUUAGGGGAGAAAAAAGCGGACCUGUUUUUGCUCGCAAAAAAAAUAACGACGCACAUAUUGUGCGCACAAAAGAGCGCCCUCUUAAGGGAAAGGACGUGAGGAAGCUGGAAACGGGCUCCUUUGCUCGAGGAACGUCACAAUUCCUGCUUUUAGAUCCUAUUUGAAGCCAUUGGAGUCGAGUUUGAACUGAGAACCGAGACGUCGAGUUCUUCAGAAGCCCUUUUUUUUGCAACAGGGUGGAGCGUCAACUUUCGUUUUCCAUUAAUGUUUCUUUUAAUGUCGAUGUAUUUGUAUCUACAUGGGCUAACAGUGUUCCUUGGGUCAAGCCAUGCCAACAGACCCAGAAAUGUACACGCAAAAACUAAACAAAAAAAAAAAAAACAUGACGUGGGAAUGAGCACCUCACUCCCCAGAUACAUGAUCCUGCUAGAUCAAUACAGAGAUGAUAUGUAGGUUUGAAUCGUCUUUCAAGAUCAAAUUGAACUCCUUUUCUUGAUACUGUAUGAAACUUAAAGAAGAAAUGACGAGUUUUUUGUUGCAUGGACACAACUUUAGCUGAACUUAAAAAAAAAAAAAGCGAAUAGAAAAUAAUUUUCUCAGAUGCUACUUGCAAAAAAAAAAAAAAAAAUUAUGAUGAGGAAAAAAAAACUAACCAGAUCAGCCAUUUUCAACGAUUUCUAUUAUUUUUAAAGAUAAAUUUCACUAGUGCAUGGUUUUCAUGGGGAGUGAAUGCUAUAGUGUGAUUUGAAAAAACUACAAAAAAAAUUUGUUUUUUGUCCUGUAGACCGUUCAUUGGUCUCUCUACUGUAUUUUUACAGAUUAAUGAUGAGUUUAACAUUUUAUUUACAGUGAAAAAAUCUGUUCAUGUGACAAAGACGUAUAAGAAUAAAUGUUUAUGAUUUAUUAUUGUAAAGGCGUAAGCCUUUUGAAGCUAAAGAUGAUGUGCAAAUUGUACGUUUCUCAACUUCUCCCUUGUCCCAGGGUAAUCUCUCUGUACUUCUGUUGUCAGAUAUUUCCCCCUGAAACUGUUCCAGUUUUUAGUUUUCAUUUUCAGGGCUGUCGGUUUGGCUCAGCUCUUCUAGUUUUAGUCUGUAUAUUUGUUUGGAGUUCAUUGGUUUAACAAGCAUGUUGAAAAGGGUUUUUGGCAACAUGGCUUGGGCACAUCUUACAGUAACUCAGCAUGUUUUGAUAAAGACGAUAUUUGGAGAAAAAAAAAAUGUACAGUGCAUGUCGACGAUGAACCCCUUCUUCACCCUGAAUUGAAUUUUAGUGAAAUUAGGCUGUGGUCUCAUGAGGACCAAAAAAAAAGAAGGAAAAAAAAUCUGAAUGAACAUUCCACCUUGUAAAAUCAUACUUUGUUGUUGACAAAUUUAAGGGAAAAACGCGACCAGGGAUUUUUCUAUAGAGCUGCAGUAUUCCUGAUUAAAGAGCCCACAGUUUCACUUUUUACCGGAGGCGCUGCAGCUCACUGACUUUGGCAGUAUUGUGCUGUACAGUUUUUCCGAGCAUGAUGCUGUCUGCAGAGAAAUGCACAUCGGGACGAUGAUAUUGCCACUCGAUAUACCUUUGCUUUUUAUUUCUUCCUUUUCCAGAAAGUAGAAGUCAUUUAAUAUAUUUUUGUUAGUUUAUUUACAAGCCAAGACCUAUUUAUUUUUCAUUUUCUAUUUUUUAGAAAUAAUCAGAGCUACUUAUAUCUGAGAAGUUUAUGACUCAUAGUUUUAAUGCCUGAAUGGAAUUAUACAGCGAGACAUUAUACCUCUUCCUACGUUUUUUUGUUUUGUUAAUCGCUCAAUGUGAGUUUUUUUCAUUUAGUCUGCUUAUGAUUUCUGUAUACACAUCACAAAAUGUCCAUUGAAGAUACUCUCGCGCUGUUGUUAAAGCUUUUUGAAGUGGGAUAAUGUCUCAUGUUUAUGGUAUGUUCUGUUCUAUUUCAAAUGCCUUCUCUGUUUUGUUUUUGUUUUUUGUUUGUUUUUUCUUUUAUUUCCUUUUUGGUGCAAUGUGUUCAUGCCAAGGCUAUGUCUUGGUCAAGUAUGGUUGAGUACAGAGAUUUAUGUAAGUUAUUUUUCAAAUUAAAAAAAUAAAAAAUGGAUAUUACACUGGAAAA